GCCGCCGGCUCCCGCUCAGGCUCCAGCUCCGGCUUUUCCCUCCACCAGCUUUUCCCCCUCCCCGCCUCUCCUUUAACUCCCCCUCCUGGGUUGGGGACUGGUUUCCUCCCUGAGCCCGCUGCCCUCAAUCCCAGCGAGGCUGGGGCUCCGGCGCGGCGCCCCCUUCCUCCUUCCCUAGUCUUGCGACUCAUGCCGCCCCCGCCCGGCCCCCAGCUGCCCCAUUCCCCCACCUAGGCCCGCUCCCAAAUCCCGGAGUGCUGGAACGUGGGCCGGGGGUGGGGGGUGCAGGGCGCCUGCAGACGGCCCCUGCAAGGGCUCUUGAGGGACUGAGUUCUCCAGAACGGGGGCACAGGCAGAGCAGGAAGGGGGACACGUAGGAACGGGGCAGGGGGGACCUCAGCCACUGGGGUGGUUGGGGAAGAAUAGCCAGGGAAGGUGAGGCAGUCACCCCAGGGGGUGAGCGACUUUGGGGGAGUUGGUGCCCCGCCCCCUAGGCCUUGGCGGGGUCAUGGGGGCCCCCCAUUCUGGGCCGGGGGGCGUGCGAGUCGGGGCCCUGCUGCUUCUCGGCUUUUUGGAGCUGGUGUGUGGGCUCAGCCUAGAGCCUGUCUACUGGAACUCGGCGAAUAAGAGGUUCCAGGCAGAGGGUGGUUAUGUACUGUACCCUAAGAUUGGAGACCGACUAGACCUGCUUUGUCCCCGGGCCUGGCCACCUGGUCCCCACUCCUCUCCCAGUUACGAGUUUUACAAGCUGUAUCUGGUAGGGGGUGCCCAGGGUCGGCGCUGUGAGGCACCCCCUGCCCCAAACCUCCUUCUCACUUGUGAUCGACCAGAUAUGGAUCUUCGCUUUACCAUCAAGUUCCAGGAGUUUAGCCCUAACCUCUGGGGCCAUGAGUUCCGCUCCCGCCACGAUUACUACAUAAUUGCCACAUCUGAUGGGACCCGGGAAGGCCUAGAGAGCUUGCAGGGAGGUGUGUGCCUAACCAGAGGCAUGAAGGUGCUUCUCCGAGUGGGCCAGAGUCCUCAAGGAGGGGCUGCCCCUCGAAAACCUGUGUCUGAAUUGCCUGUGGAAAAAGAUGGAGGGGCAGCCCGCAGCCUGGAACCUGGGAAGGAAAGCAUGCCAGGUGACCCCACCAGCAAUACAACCUCCAGGGGUGCUGAAGGCCCCCUGCCCACUCCCAGCGUUCCCGCAGUGGCCGGGGCAGCGGUGGGGCUGGCGCUGCUCUUGCUGGGUGUGGCAGGGGCUGGGUGUGCCAUGUGUUGGCGGAGACGGCGGGCCAAACCUUCAGAGAGUCGCCACCCUGGUCCUGGCUCCUUUGGGAGGGGAGGGCCUCUGGGUCUGGGGGGCGGGGGAGGGAUGGGACCUCGGGAGGCUGAGCCUGGGGAACUAGGGAUAGCUCUGAGGGGCAGUGGGGCUUCAGACCCCCCCUUCUGUCCCCAUUAUGAGAAGGUGAGUGGUGAUUAUGGGCAUCCUGUGUACAUCGUACAGGAUGGACCCCCCCAGAGUCCUCCAAACAUCUAUUACAAGGUAUGAGGGCUCCUCUCAUCGGCUCUUCUGGAUCCAACCCUUCAUGGGGUACUCCCUCCAAUUUAAUUUGUGGCCCGAGGGCUGCUUCUAGCAUCUCCUUAGCCCCCUUUGCCCUGCCACCUCCAUUGUCCUACCUGGUUACUUCCUUGUUCUCCACUUUUGGAUUCCUGAAACGCCCACUGACCCACCUCCCACCUCACUGGCCAUAUGUGACCCUAUCUGUCUCUGUAUUCCUGGGCCCUGUUCCUUUGGGGAGGGGGGAGAAGAGGCUUAGCCUC